AUGGAUAUUAUCACAAUACUCAAGAACUUUCGUGGCGUUGAAUCUGGUGUGGAUGCAAAACACGCCAGAUGGUACAUUGUCGCUGCUGCGGCAAUGGCUGCGGCCAGCGCAGGACCGGACGUUCCUAAGCUGUACGAACUGGCCAUCGAGGGUUUGCCGAUUGAAGAAAAGAAGCUAGUUCAGCGGCGCCUAAAAGAAGCAAUUCUCAAGACGAGUUGCCUAUAUGGCGUACCUCGUUCGCUUCAGGCUUUACUACCUCUUUUUGCUAGCAUUCCAGAUAAUGAAAUCGAUCAUUAUGGGCCGCGUUACGAUUCCGCGACAUCUACAGACGCUCAAAGGGCCCGGGAAGAAAAAGCCACUCAGUAUUUCAACACCAUCUGGGGAAAAGAUGCAGCCUGUUUUCACCGUGAGCGCAAUUACAAAUAUCAACCGGAUCUCUAUCUUCUUAAUCUCGAAAUGAUCUACCAAUGGUAUUUUAGUGAGGAUACGAUCCUUGGUCCUGUUGAGACACAGAUGUGCAAUGCAGGUGCAUUGAUAUGCUCCAACUGCCCCGUACAAGCUAUGUGGCAUACGCGUGGCAUUAUGAGACAUUCUGGAACUCCAGACGAGGCCAAGUUUGCGCAGGAUAUUGCUCUCACUAUUGGAAGAUUGUAUGGCUGCAAGGUUGACGAGGUUACCUGUGUCGAUGACAUCGACGUAGAUUCUAAAAGUACGGGUUAA